ACCCACAACUAGGGACAAGGAAAACGCUCCUUGGCAGUAAUGGUUACUCUGCUGAAUCGAGACAAUUGGGAAUCCACAGUCAAACCCACGACUGUUUAAAAGUAUUUUAACACAGGGAUGUAGCUUUUAGCUUCACAGGUACAUCACAAGGAAUACUAGGAGUAAUUAAUUAGAUUUGAAAUAAAUAUUUUUUAAACGAAUUCGCUAUCCAGAGGAGGCUAAAGCCUGUUGCCUCCUGUUCCGACAGUCUCGCGGCAGCAAUCAACUCCAAGAUGUUCUAUUGUGGAUGGGAUGACGUUCGGAGACCUUUGUUAGCGUGUCUGUAGGAUUGUUGGAGUGCAAUUUUUUUUUCUUCAAUCACUUUAGUGUGAGACUUUUCGGAACGAUGCAUGUGUCUCUAGCUGAAGCUCUUGAGGUGCGAGGUGGUCCACUUCAGGAGGAGGAGGUUUGGGCCGUCCUUAGUCAGAGUGCUGAGAGCCUCCAGGAGCUGUUCCACAGAGACCCUUCGGCCCUGGGGUUCAUCAUCUCACCAUGGUCCUUGCUGUUGAUGCCCUCUGGCAGCAUCUCCUUCACUGAUGAGAAUGUGACGCAGAAGGACCUGAGGGCUUUCACGGCACCCGAGGUCUUGGAGGGAGUCACCCUCUCCUCCCUAUCAGACAUUGAGAAGAUGCACAUGUACUCCCUUGGAAUGACCUUGUUUUGGGGAGCGGACUACGAGAUUCCACAGAGUCAGCCGAUGAAGUUAGGGGAGCACCUGAACAGUAUGCUGCUGAAUAUGUGUGAUGACACCACCCUGAGCCGUAUGUCUGUCCGCACUGUGCUGGAUGCCUGCAGCACACACAUAAGGAGUUCUAGCUGUGAGCCCUCUUUCACACACAUCAGAAAGCUGGUACGACUGGUGCUGGGCAGCCUCUCACAGCUGGAUGGCCUGCUGUCCCAGAGUGAUAGGCAGUCUAUUCCGGAGAGGAGUAAGGAGAUUCGAGAGAGGCUUCGUGGCAAAGGCCUUCCCUCAGGAAGAAGUGCAGCACCCCGGGUGCUGGAGCGCUACAAGGCCCGUAGUCAGGAGCAGGCCUCUCUUAACCGAGGCCUGAGUCGCUCCAUGGGUUCUCUACCCAUCCAGGAACUCGUAAGGGGUGAGGAGGGGGCCCCGCCUGGACCUUAUCCGCCUUCUGGAUACCAUCCUGGGUCAGAGUCUUUUGCGGACCUGGUCCUCUACCCCCACCUCCAGCACCCACUCCAGCAGAGAGGCAGACCUGUAGAGGUAGACAGGAGGUCUCUCCCUUAUAGGGGGGACUCGGUGGCCCAACGCAAGAAGAACUGGGUGUCUUCCAUAGACCUAGCUCACAUUGAUCCGGAUAUGCUCCGGUUCGGAGGCCUGGAGGACGCCAGGCGGGGUAGCAGUGCCCUCAGCACCCGCUCGGGAGGCAGACACAAGUCAGCUUCCCGGGCAUCCAGGGACAGCCGCUACUCUGACUUUGAAGGGCUGGAGGCAGCCAGGGCGAAGGGCCCCCACCACUCAGCCCUGUCAGUAAGCUCAGCUCUGACUAGCGCCUAUGACCGAAUCAGAGAGAAGCAGAGAAAGCUUCAAGUGCUCCACCAUGCUAUGGACGACCCUCUCCACACCCACCGGAGGUACCACAGUGACUACAGCUCAUCAAGUGAAAGCCCCUCUGUAGCCUCCUCUGAUCCGGACUACCGACAUGCUAAGAAACCAGAGGUGCCGAGGCGGUAUUGCUCCCAGGUGGCUCUCUCGGAACACGACGGCAUGUCUCUCACCAGCCACAACGCGCAGAGGCACAGGUUGUACGACACUGCAGCAGACGAGGAGCUGGUGGGUCCUGAGCUGAGGCUCCAGAAACGGGAGGAGGUGGUCCAGAUGCUCCAGGCCAACCUGGCCAACAGGCUGUCCCUGGCCUACCCAGGGGACGACCCGCAUGCCUCAGUCCUCUACCCUGGGGACGGAUCCCUGGCUCUGGCACGCGCCUCCAUGCUGGACCUCCAGGAACCUUUCAAUCCUGCUCUAGCACCCCAUCGCAAACCAAAGAAUUUCUUUGGUCCUGAAUUUGUGAAGAUGGCAAGCGAGCCGUGUGUGGCCCUUAAGGUUCCUUCUUCAAUAAUGAACAAGCGUAGCAAGCUAGAUGAGGUCCAGAGAAAGGUGGGGGUGGUUUUGCUGAACGGCCAGAAGCUGGAGCUCAGCUGCGACAUCAAGGCUAUUUGCAAGGACGUACUGGACAUGGUGGUGGCUCAUGUUGGACUGGUGGAGCAUCAUCUCUUCGGCCUGGCCUUCCUCCAAGAUAACGAGUUUUUCUUCGUUGACCCUGAUGCCAAGCUGUCCAAAGUGGCUCCUGAGGGUUGGAAGGAAGAACCAAAGAAGAAGAAACCUGAUAUCCAGUUUAAUCUUUUCCUACGAAUCAAAUUCUUCCUGGAUGAUGUUAACUUGAUACAGCACUCCAUGACGAAGCACCAGUACUACUUGCAGCUGAGGAAGGAUAUCUUGGAGGAGAGGAUGCGCUGCGACAUGGAGAAUGCCAUGAUCCUGGCAUCCCUUGCGCUGCAGACAGAGUUUGGGGACUAUCAACCAGAGCUCCAUGGAAAGACAUACUUCAGGCUUGAACAUUACUUGUCUGCCUCUGUCCUGGAUAAACUCGACCAGAGCUCCAUCAAGGAAGAACUGCCCAAACUCCACAGUACUUACUACGGCGCAACAGAGGCCGAAACCGAGUUUGAGUUCCUUAAGGCGAGCCAGAGGCUGACUGAGUAUGGGGUUCACUUCCAUCGUGUCCUGCCUGAGAAAAGGUCUCAGACAGGCAUCAUGCUAGGGGUCUACUCCAAGGGUGUGCACAUCUUUGAGGUCCUGAAUGGAAACAGAACUCCUGUACUAAGGUUUCCCUGGAGAGAAACCAAGAAGAUCUCGUUUACAAAGAAGAAGAUCUGCCUUCAGAACACAUCGGAUGGGAUAAAACACCUGUUCCAGACAGACAGCAACAAGACCUGUCAGUACCUGUUAAACCUCUGUUCUGCUCAGCACAAAUUCCACCUCCAGAUGAAAGCUAGACAGAACAACCAGGAGCUGUGGGACUUGGAGAACUCUCCACUGAGCAUGCUACAAUACUCUAUGGGUACUGGUGGGAUGGAGGGGAUGGGGAGGGCAGUAAGUUCUGCUAGCCUGGCCCCCAGUUUCUCAGCCCGUUCCGCGCCCUCAGACCCAGACCUCCUAAAGAGGAUCUCUUACUCUGAGGUUGCUCUCUACAAGGCCCCGGGGGGGCGGCUCAACACCCAAGACGAGGUGCCCUUUCCUGGGCUUAAUUCGGGCCUCGGACCCCAUCACCUGUCCAAUACCCGGCUGAUGACUAGCCGCUCACACCACAACCUGGGCCAGGUUCCUGAGUCUCCAGAGCACAGGCCAGUCCCCUUCAGCAGCCAGUCUUCUCUGAACCACGGCCACGGACAGCUUCUAUCAUCGCACGACCACGCCAGCUCGGACACUGACUCCAUUUCCGUCGCACACCAGCAGGACCCGGCGCUGGGCUCCUCAGUGUCCCAAGGUAGCCACAGCCCCAUUUGGAGUCUGAAGAGGUUCCAGAAAGAGUCAGAUUCUUCCUCCAUUGAGGAGACGGGACAUGCCUACAUCGUAGGCGUGAGCAUGCACAGCUCUGGGGUGUCCUCAACACCUGCCUCCUUAAAUAGUGUUAAUGACUCCUUGAAAAAGAAGCUGAAUGCCUUGCCAUCCCCAGAGAGGGAGAUUACUACGGUGAAUCUAAAGAAGGAUGUGAAGUACGGUCUGGGGUUUCAGAUAGUUGGAGGGGAGAACUCCGGUCGUGUGGAUCUAGGGACUUUCAUCAGCUCCAUCACUCCUGGGGGUCCUGCUGACGUCAAUGGCAUCCUCAAGCCGGGAGAUCGUCUCAUCUCUGUGAAUGAGGUGAACCUAGAAGGCCUUUCCCAUCAGGCUGCUAUCGAGGUCUUGCUGAGCACCCCUGAUGACAUCACACUAGUUGUGUCUCAGCCCAGAGAGAGAUUAUAUGAAGAUUCUCCAUCAAGGUUUGCUCCAUGUACACCUCAAGCUCCCUUGAAGGUCAUCAGCCAGAAAGCACCAGACCUGGACAUCGAGUCUUCAUCUGAGGAACAGGAGGCGGAAACAGUUUCCCACAGUCCUCCUCUCCCUGCAACCACCACAUCCACUACCCUCUCGUCCGUCUCCCCUGUUCAAAGCCAUGGCAGCCUGAGCUCUCAGGACUCCAGGAUGGAGAACGUCAAGGCUCCCCUUCAGGUCCCAGUCAAUGGCACUCACCCCCAACGCACCCAGCCCACGAAAGCUGCCGCAGUACCCCUGUCCAUACUCCAUCACCAGGAUCGCACCAUUAACAUCACCCCUGUUGAAGCAGUUCCACCUGCAUUACCACCCAAAACCAGGAAAGCUAAGAUUCCAGGGUUCCCUAAAGAUCCAGAUUACUCGGAUAGAGGAGACUCUGAUAUGGACGAAGAGACAUACUCUAGUAGCCAAGAGAAACAAAGGCUUAAAAAGGAGCUAACUCCUCCUCCUCCUCUCCCCAACGGCAUCAUGGGAGGGUUAAGUGGUAAUAUCCCAGGGGUCAGUAGUCUCUCUCCAGGAGAUCUAUUUGACGUUGAGCUGUCUAAAAAGGACAGCAGCCUGGGCAUAAGUGUCACGGUACUGUUCGGAAAGGGUGGUGUUAAUACCAGUGUGAGGCACGGAGGGGUUUAUGUGAAGGCCAUCAUCCCCAAAGGAGCCGCAGAACUGGACGGAAGGAUCCAGAAGGCUUUCACCCGCCUGGCUUUACCCCUAGGGGACAGGGUGGUGGCAGUCAAUGGGAAGAGCCUGGAAGGAGCUACUCACAAACAGGCUGUAGAGACCCUGAGAGACACAGGACAGAUGGUCCACUUGCUGUUGGAGAAGGGUCAGCUCCCUGCGGACAGUAUCCAUGCCCCUCUAACCCCUCAGGUCACCCCUCCCUCUGUACCCAAUGACCAGCCACAGCAACAAUCACAACAGCAGAAGCAACAGCCAACCCCAGAACCUAAAGCCCAGCCAGAGUACAGCUUCAUCACUGCUGACAACGUAUUUGAGGUGCCCUUGUUGAAGAACACUUCAGGCCUCGGAUUCAGCUUCAGCCGAGAGGAGACCCAUCCUGACCAGUCAGCCCAUCAUGGCCCCAUCACCAGCUCCAGCAUAGUCAGGGUCAAAAAGCUGUUCCCUGGUCAGCCGGCCGCUGAGAGUGGACGCAUCAAUGUGGGAGAUGUCAUCCUCCACGUCAAUCAGACGCCACUCAAAGGACUCUCUCAACAUGAGGUGAUCUCAGCCCUACGAGGUACUGGUCAAAAGGUCACUCUUCUUCUUUGUAGACCUGACCAGGGGGUCUUACCUGAUAUGGACACCUCUACUCUGACUCCUGUGGCAUCGCCCCGUAAAGAGCCAGCGGCACAGUCUCCUGAGCCCAACGUGGCCAAGCCUAGGACAGGCUCUCCGGUGGUGCCUGAGGGGAGGAUGACCCUGGGGUUGGGGCUGGGACCAGUGGAGGCCGCUCUGGAGAGACUGCACAUGAAGUCCCCCGGCCGGCGAGACAGCUACAGUGAUAGCACGGAUGACGAUGAGGAGGUGGAGGAGGCAUUCAGCUCUUCUCAAGAGCAGAGCCGACUAGCCCGGGACCACAAUGUCAACCAGACCCCCAGCAAUAACCUGCACCAUAUUGGCAGGCCCAGCCAGUAUGAGACCCCUUGUGAGAUGGAACUGGACGACACCCUCCACUCAGUCUACUACUCCCCCGACCAGUCAUUGUUCAACCGGUCGGACAUCAGCAGAAAGGGCCCUUCCUCCUCUCUGAUGGUUUUGGACCUGGACACCACUCCUAAGCCUAUGGUAUUAUCUUCUGAAGACCCCAGCCCUGAGCACCUGCCUCCUCCGCUCCCUCUGCCACUCAACCUCACCCACACUGUGCCUGACAGUGGACAAGACACUGAUGAUUUUGUACCGGACGUGGAGCUGAAAGUGUCUUUGGUAAAGUCUGACAAAGGAAGCCUGGGGUUCACUCUGACCAAAGGGAAUGACCUGGGCUGCUACAUUCACGACAUCAUCCAGGACCCCGCCAAGGGAGACGGCCGUCUGAGACCCGGAGAUCGAAUGAUAAUGGUAAACAACAUUGACGUGUCCAACAUGGGGCAUACUGAGGUGGUGAACCUGGUGAGAGCUGCUCCCCGGGUGGUGGAUCUGAUGGUGGGGAGGGUGCUUGAAGCCCCCAAGCCCCCCAUAGACGCCCACUUACUUCCUGACAUCUCCUUCCAGUGCCAUGACGAAACACUGGGGCUGGUGUUGGACGGGGGCAGAGGCAGUGUCUAUGGGGUACUGUUCAUAAAGGAGAUCCUCCCAGGCUCAGCAGCACUGCUGGAGGGCAGUCUGAGACCCUUAGACCUGGUCCAUUAUAUCAAUGGAGCUCCCACUCUGGACCUGACCCUCAAUGAGUGCUGCAGGCUGCUGGAGAUCUCCCUCCGAAACCUCACUAUUAAGGCCACCAGGGAUGGAAAACCGGUUUAUCCAGGACAGAAGAGUAUUUCAUUUCUUAACAACAACAUCAACCCUAAAGUGUCCACCAGCAUGAACGGUUAUCUUCACAGGGCUGAUCACAGAGAAACAGAAGCCUUUUCCGCUGUAUGUCCUUUAGAGGAGGAGAUCAUUCUGUUGGACCUGGAAAAGCCUGCAGCAGGAGGGCUUGGCUUCUCCGUCAUCGGAGGCGAAAGGGGCAUCUUUGUCAAGUCCAUUACCCCUGGAGGCAUAGCAGACACUACAGGAAGGCUACAAGUGGGAGAUCGACUGCUUAAAGUGAAUGAGGAGCUGAUGACCGGUGUGUCUCACACCAAAGCAGUCACUACUAUCCGUAAGGCCAAAGGACUCGUCCACCUUGUAGUGUCCAGACCGCCGGACCAAAAUCCUGACACAUACCUGGCUUACCUCCCUGUCAACUCCAACAAAUGCAAUGGCAACACGGACAACAGUGAGGACAGUGGAGUGAAGACCAAUCGGUGUUGCCCUUCUGAUAAGAACAAAUCCACUAGCCCGCCACUCAUUCCCCCAAUAGACUACGAUUCGGGUCCUAUGGAGCAGAAGACGAGAAGGGUCCGCGAGAAAAACACAGAGCUGUCUGAAGACACAGACUGUGACGGUUCAUCUCUGCCCGAGGAUUCGCCUGAGACUACCCGAAAAGCCAGAUGGAAAGAGGAAAGUGUAGAUGACCCACUGAAUGAGAACUACCUAAAGAUGAGAACAGAGCAGCCAGAGGAAGAUGAGAUCACCUGGGGUAGUGAAGAGCUGCCUAUAGAGAACAUCAACUCCAAGUUCACUGAUGACAGGGCCAUCAUCACAGAGGAUGAGCUUACCACUCUUCCACUGGUGAAGGUGGUCCCUGACGGUCAGUACACUGGGCCCAAUCUCAACACUGUGGUACGCAUGCUGAGGGGCCUGCUCGAGCAGAAGAUUCCUUUGCAGGAGUUUGAGAAUUUGCAGAAUCUACAGCCGCUGGACGACUGUCUAGUUGGCCAGACUAAGGAAAACAAGAAGAAGAAUCGCUACAAAAACAUUGUCCCCUUUGAUACCACUAGAGUGAUCCUGGGUAAAGAUGGCUACAUUAAUGCCAACUUUAUUAACAUGAAAGUGAAGGAUGAGGAAUUCAGGUACAUCGCAUGUCAAGGACCCUUACCCACCACUCUGGGGGACUUCUGGCAGAUGGUCUGGGAGCAAAAAUCUGACGUCAUCGCCAUGAUGACCCAGGAAGUGGAAGGGGGAAAGAUCAAAUGUCAAAGGUACUGGCCCGACACCCCGCGAACAGCUGAGAUGGUGGACGAACGGUUGCAGAUCACGCUCAUCAAGGAUCAGCAUCUAGACAACUUUGUUAUCCGUCUUAUCGAGGUCAAAGAUAUCCAGACAGAAGAUAUUCAACAUGUCACCCACCUGAACUACACAGGUUGGCCAGAUCACGGAACCCCCACGCAGCCAGAGCAGCUGCUGACCUUCAUAUCCUAUAUGAGGAACAUUCACCAAUCAGGACCCAUUGUUACGCAUUGCAGUGCAGGGAUUGGUCGAUCCGGAACCCUCAUUUGCAUAGACGUGGUUCUUGGCCUCAUAAGUAAAGAUGCUGACUUUGAUAUUUCAGAUGUGGUACGUAGCAUGAGGUUGCAAAGACAAGGAAUGGUACAAACAGAGGAUCAAUACAUAUUCUGCUAUCAAGUGAUCUUGUAUGUGCUCCGCUGUCUUCAAGCAGAGGAGAAAAUCUCAGGAUAGCAACCUUUCAAAGAAAAGAUGCUGCAAAAUAUUGUCCUCCCCUGUUGGUAAGAGAAGAAAAAUUAUGGAGACUGGAGAGUUCACACAGUUUGGGUUGCAAAAUGUUUGAUCAAACCCGUGGUUUUAUUAGGUAUUUGGUCACCCCUGUUUUUUCACACUGAAUGAAAGGGGAGAGACCUACUGGAAUUUGUCCAACUAAUUUUUUACAAAACAUCCUGCAGCUAUAUUUUUGGGCAAAAUGUAUACACCCCAGUUGUUUGAGCCACUGCUCAAUGUUCAAUAAAUGCCUUAAAACAUUUUCGUCUGGUUUGCUGUAUCCAGAUUAAGCCUUUUUCAGGAGUAAAAACAUACUCAAUGGAGAUUUUUUACUUGAAAGUACUUCAGUCUAGGACAAGGCUUAAUUAGGUUUCCUGUAAACCAGCAUCUUGUUUCAUGAUAGUAAAUCCUAACUGAAGUCUAUUUUUGUUCGCUUUUAGUUCUCCUUCUUUGGCUGCUACCCCUACUAUCUCCUUAUGAAUGCGUGUAUACACAAUAACACAUAGUUGGUUUCAUGUUUUACCUAAAAAAAAAUUUUUUUUAUCAAAUCUUGAAUAUUAUGAAAUAACUAUUGAAAGUUGAUGAAUUAACUCAUAUUUUAUGUCGUACAAAAUCAUGUGUAUUUGUAAGCUAUUUUGAUGCUGGAAGUUGACAGAAUACGAACACAGUAUUUGCAUUGUAAAUCUUAUUAUGGUAAUAUCUGACUUCUGCCAGUGGUAAUUAAUGAAAUUAUUAAAGUGUAUAUAUUCAUCUCUUAAGAAUUACGGAUAUGUUUGAAUGUUACAGGAACUUUUUCAAUUUGUAAAUAAAAGUCAAAUGUUUA